AUGCGUUUCUCCAUCGUCUUCACCACCCUCUCGGCCAUCGCUCUGGCCAACGCCCAGAGCAGUGCCACUAGUGCCACUAUUGAGACUGUCGAUAACCCUGCUACUCAGUACCUGACCCAGACAAACUCCCUCGGCGUUGUGACCGGCCAACCUGAAGUGGUUACUACCCAGCCCACUGUUGUCACCAGCCAGGCCGCUGCUGUGACCUCGCAACAGCCCGCCGCCUCCAUCCCCGCCGGCCUGACCUCGCCCGUCGCCGGCCCCGGCGCUACCCACACCACCUUGUCCACUGCCUCCAGCAACACUGGCACUGGCACCGACUCCUCUGCUACCGGCACCAAGACCUCGGACUCUUCCAAGGCCACUGGUACCUCCACUAGCUCCAGCUCGUCCUCCGACUCCUCCAAGUCCUCCAGCUCUGGCUCCAGCUCCUCUGCUGGUGCUUCCAGCACCGCCUCUACCGGUGGUGCUGCUAUUGCCACUGCUGGCCCCGUUGGUCUCGGCAUGAUGGCUGGUGCUGCUCUCGUUGCUUUCCUGUAA